GCGACAAUUCCCCCCGGUAGAAUGCACGAAACCUUAACACUGUCUAGUUCGGUCUUUUGUCUUAUAGUAAACAGUUGUCACACAAUUAACGAUGAUGUUCCGCGAUAAAACUGGACCCGAUUUGAUCACAUUUCGCGGGUUCACUCCACCCCCAGCGACCGACGAUGACCUCCUAGAGCAACGGCGAGCCUGUUCCAUGCUUGCAACGGAGUCGGAGAAACCGCCCAACGAUGGCAACGACGGUCACGGUUCGUCACCAAAUUUGUCGUUGUUCUUCGCAAGCCUGUGUGUGAUUGAUUUGUUCGGAGUGUUCCCCAUAGUGGCAUUGCCGAAAUCGAUCAUAUCCUGUGGAUUGUAUGGGAUUCCACUAGUGCUGUUGGUGAUCACGUUGCAGAUAUACACGGCAACGGUGCUGGGUCGCUGUUGGACCAUUGCCGAAAAACUGGAUCCGUCUAUCGUGCGGAAGAAUCGGUAUCCUUAUGCGGCCAUUGCGGAGUUUACCUAUGGCAAAAGGAUGAGCGUGUUUGUGACGGUGCUGUUGGACAUGACGGUGUUUGGCGGAGGCAUCCCGAAUCUGUUGGUGGCUUCCCAAAAUCUUCAGCUGCUGGGGUCGAAACUGACUGGAGGAGAAUUUGAGUUUUCGUUCUGCUACUGGUUGAUGCUAAUUGGAAUGUUUCUGUGUCCCAUUAUGUGGUUGGGAAGCCCCAAGAAUAUGAGGCCUUUGGCUAGCAUUUCGGUAAUAAUUUGUAGCAGUGUUGCCUUCCUGACGUGGCUGUCCAUCGGCGAGGAUACUUUCGUAACGAAUGUGAAUGGAACGGUGGUGCCCAGGGACGAUUUCGAGCCCUUCAAGGGCAUUGAGUUGGGAAUGCCAUCGUGGAUUCGACUGCUGAAAGCCUACGGAAUCAUAGCGUUUCAGUUCGAUAUCCAUCCCAUGCUGCUGACGAUCCAGGUCGAUAUGGAAAAGAAACGGAAGAUCGGUAAGGCGGUAUUCCUUGGGCUGAUGGCUACUUGUACGCUGUCGACUGUGACGACGGUUUUCGCGGCGUAUCGUUACGGGAUGGACACGACCAACAACGUGCUGCAGAUCCUGCCGAAGAGCUGGCCGCUGUAUAUUACGAUUUUGCUGGUAACACUGCAACUGUGUCUGUCUAGUGCCGUGGGAAAUUCGGCGCUUUUUCAACACGUGGAGGAUGUGCUGGGUGCUUCUAGAGACUUCACAAUCAAACGAUGCGUGAUUCGCUCUUCGCUGGUUUGGUUAGCGGUGCUCAUAGCCGAACUUCUGCCUCGCUUCGAUGUGGUCAUGGGAAUCAUCGGAGGAACUCUAACGGGGCCUCUCAUCUUCAUUCUUCCGCCAUUGUUCUAUCAGAAGAUGAUCUCUCUGGAGGCGAUCUACUACCAGGAAAUGGAACGCAUCCAGAGCAGAGACACUUUGGUGUCCACCGACGAUCGGGAGCCCUUAUUCCCAAGUGACUACGGAUCGAUUGGACCUCAAGGAACUGAUACCAGGCAGCCUCCUCCUCCGACAUUGCAUUGGAUGGGUGAUUGCUUCUCGAUUUGUCACGAUCGUUUCCAGCAGUUUUGUAGGUUCCUGUACAGCGAUUGCAUACUGUCAGGCGCAGUCAUCUUGUUCGGAAUUGGUGCGACGCUUAUCUCCACGUAUUACAAUAUUUUCGACGUAAAGGACAUCGGCACGCAAUUCUGGGGAUCUUGCGCCGCUAAUAUCACACUUGUUAGUGAUCUUUAGAAAAUGGCAUAAGAUAGACACUUCAGCAAUAGACGGGAAACACUUUGUACAAUUCGGUUUUCUUUCAUUAGAAAAAUUGAGAAGUCCAUUUUUGUAAAAUUCCUGUAAUUACGUUUAGAUCAAUGUUGCUUUCAAAUCAAAUUUGAAUGCUAUUCACAUUAUCACACAGCCUUUCGUUCACCCAAUCACACAUACGUUCUCGAUUUCUUUUGGUUUAGCGUUCUUUGACUUCCUUGCAUCCAAAUAAAUACCGUGAUCCUUUCCCCACUUUUAGACAACGAUAAUCCGA